CUGGAAUCGCUGGAAUACAUGGUAAUCGGCGAAACUCGUCUGGUUGGACGUGUGUAGCUGCACGAGGUUGAAAUGUUUCGACAACGAAUACCACAUAAACCAGGGGAGCUGGCUGUGAAGAUUCAUAAUUUUACAAGACUGUAUUUUCGGCGGUAUCAACCAGUUCUGCAGCUUCAAUGUGGACAUAUUGGAAUUCGACCAUUUUCCAGUCCAGCUCGCCGGCCAAACUUUUUUUCUCAGUUUGUGGAGAAUAUCAAACAGGAAAUGGCCAAGAAUAAAGAAAUGAAGGAGAGUCUAAAAAAAUUCAGAGAAGAAGCAGAAAAACUAGAACAGUCUGAAGCUCUGCAGAAGGCCAGACAGAAAUUUCAUUCAGUUGAAUCAGAGGCUACAAAAGGAACUGAAGUAUUGAAGGAUAGACUGGGGUCUAUCAAGGGAAAGGUACAAGAAGCUUUGGAGGAAGCAAGUAAAUCUGACAUCGCCAAAAAAGCUGGGCAGCUGACAGAAGAACUGGGCAGGUCAGCACGUGGAGCUGCAGAGACUCUGUCAGAACAAAGUCAGAGGCUGGGUAAGACUGGGGCCUUCCAGACUGUUUCUGAGACAGCGAAGAUAGUGAAGAAAGAGCUGGAUCAGGGUGGGAUGCAUGCACGUGUAUAUCGUCCACCAGCUCGACUCAGGAAGAGGGUAGAGGCGGUAGAAGAUGAUGAUAAAGUCAUUGAACCUAACACAGAAGCAACAGGAGUGGAACUUCAUAAGGAUUCAAGGUUUUAUCAGAGCUGGCAACAUUUCAAAGAUAAUAAUCCAUAUGUGAACAAGGUACUGGACUGGAAGAUUAAAUAUGAUGAAAGUGACAAUCCAGUUAUAAGAGCAUCACGUCUCCUUACGGAUAAGAUAUCAGACGUCAUGGGUGGCCUCUUCCAGAAAACUGAGUUGUCAGAAACGUUGACUGAGAUAUGCAAACUCGAUCCUAGCUUCGAUAAAAUUAAGUUUCUGCAGGACUGUGAGAGAGACAUUAUUCCAAACAUAUUAGAAGCAAUAGUGCGAGGUGACUUAGAAAUCCUUCGAGAUUGGUGUUACGAAGCUCCAUUUAAUACGUUAGCUACGCCUAUAAGGCAAGCAGCUGCUGCUGGUUAUCGGUUAGACUCAAAAAUAUUGGACAUAGACAAUGUAGAUUUAGCAAUGGGGAAAGUUAUGGAUCAAGGACCUGUGUUGAUUUUGACCUUCACUACACAACAGAUCCUGUGUGCACGUGAUGCUAAAAAUAAUGUAGUAGAAGGAGAUCCAGAAAAAGUUCUGAGAGUCCACUAUGUGUGGGUUCUUUGUAGAGAUCGUGCUGAAGUCAAUCCAAGAGCAGCAUGGAAGUUACUGGAUCUCUCUGCUAACAGUAGUGAACAAUUUGUUUAAUAAACAUCAGUGGGAAGUGUUAGUGGUGAUGUUUCUAUUUCCAAGAAUUUAGUGCUACCUGCUGUGAAUAUCAAGCGCCAAUCUAACAGUUUGAUUUUUACACUAUUUUGAUGUAUAUUUUACCAUCUGUUCAGAUCCUGAAUUUUCCUCUUUUAAAAUUGUUUUGAUUUGAAAUCGUAAUCUAAGAAAUACAGUUGCUUCUGAUUUUAAACUUAUGGUUAAGAAGAAUUUGAAAUUCAGAAUGUUCACAGUUUUGUUAACAUUUCAUUGGAUUUCAGUGCUGACCUUGAACACUAGCAUGUGUUGUCAACCACGCACUGCACACGAGAACAUUCCACUCUGUUUGAACACAUUUUUAUCAAAUGUAAUAUUUGUUUCUGUCA